AUGUCUUGUGCAUAUAAAAAUCCAUCAACAAUUAUUGGUCUCAUACUAGGAACUGAAACAAAUGCAUGUUAUAUUGAAAAUUUAGAUAAAAUUGGUACAUGGAAUGGCGAUUAUAAUGAUCUAAAACAAGUUAUUAUUAAUACAGAACGGAGUGCUUUUAGUGAUAAUGGUUGUUUUAAUUUUAUUCGAACUAACUUUCAACUCAAUCAACGAUUUGAUUCACUUAUUACUCAAUCUCAACGACUUCAUUUUAAUUUUAUUCAAUGUCAUAAAGAUGAUUUUCGUUUGUGUAUAGGCCUUUUACCCGCCUAUAUCGACAAAAUAGAAGAAUUAGCUAUAUCAGAACAAGAUACACCUGGUCAAGUUUAUGCUUUUCUCUCUUUCUUUCGAUUGUUUGUAUUAUUUAUAUAUCUUCGAAUACUUUAUCUUCAUUUUAAUGAAGAAGCUCUCGAUUGGAAAAUUGUUGAAAAUGCUCUUUAUUCCUCACCACAAACAAAGAUCGACACUUUAUCAAUAAAAGAAAGUAUCAAAGAAAAUAGACUCUCAGUAGGAAACGCUACUGCCCGUAUUUUUAGGUUAAAGUCUUUACAAAAAUUUUCUCUUUUGAGCGACUUCACUCGUAUGAACUGGAGUAAUUUAGCAAAGAUCUCGUCAAAUAUAGAACAUUUGACUAUUUCUGGUAUACAUUGUGAAUUUGAAGAUCUACAAUAUAUUUUCCGGUGUGUUCCUUGUCUUAAAGAUCUUGAUGUUGAAAUAGCCAGUAGAGUUUCUUUUUUUGGUGAAAAAGCAAAGCGUUCAAAACAGAAUAUUGCGGUAAUGCCGAUACUUCGUGCAUUCGUCUUAUGUUUUGCUGGCAACAGUUUAGUAACAAUGGAUAUGUUAACAGAAUAUUUGAAUUCGAUGCCUGUUUUAACAUAUCUUGAGAUCAAAGCACACAGUGAACUUCUUGAUGUAAAUGCAUGGAAGAUGCUGUUGGAAACAUCAUUACCAUAG